AUCACAUCCUAUAAUAACCUCUUUCUCCAACCUCUCUGCUUCUCGUUCCCACCCCCCUUUUCCCUCCUCACGCUCGCUUCCCCCAACUUAACAACUUGACUGCCAUUCAGACAAUCCUCCUCCCUUCCAGUCUUCCUCCCACAAAGCAUCUUCAAGUCUCUCAACUUACCAACCCCUAAUACCAACCUUCAAGAUGCGUUCAUUCGUUACCUGCACCGUCCUGGCCACCGUCGCCUCCAUGGCCGUCGCCCAGGUCCACCCUCGCUUCGAGUACCCCGAGUCUGUUCCCGCCGUUGAGAAGCGCCAGGAGCCCGGCACCCCCCGCUACCAGUGCCACGAGGACUGCGGUCUUCUCAUCACCCUUGGCCGCGAGGACGGCUUCUGCAGCAACUCGGAGUGGAACGAGCGCUACGGCCGCUGCAUGACCUGCGCAAACACCUACUCCAUCUGGAUGUACUACUCCUCCGGCGUCACCUCCGCCGCCGCAAAGUGCGGUCUCUCCCCGACCCCCAGCCCCUCCGGAGGCGCCGUCGAGACCACCGCCGCAGCCACCACCGCCGCCCCCGCCCCGGCCACCACCACUGCGGCUCCCGCUCCCGUCCCCACCACCGAGACCUCCGCCGCCGCGCCCCCGGCUGAGUCCACCUCUGCUGCCGCUGAGUCCUCGGCCCCUGCUGCCUCUACCUCCGCCGCCGGUGCUCCCGCCACCACUCCCUCCACCGCUGCCUCCGGCUCUGCUUCCGCUUCCGCUUCCGCCUCCGCCUCUGGUGCCGCUACCACCUCUGGCGCUGCUUCCGGUACCUCCGCGGCUACCGUCACCCGCGUCACUUCCAUCGGAACCUCUGUUGUUAUUGUAUGUGUCGCCUGGGCCUGGUCUAUGAUGUAGACGUAAAAUUCGUUUUUUUUGGUGUUCUUUGUUUGUUAACGUGGUUUCUUCUCUCUCUUGUAGCCUUCCGGAACUGCCACCCCCAGCACCCCCGUCUUUGCUGGCGCCGGCAAGAACGCCGCUGCCGUCGGUCUUGCUGCCGUCGGCCUGGCCCUCGCUGCCUUCUAAGGGAGAUGCAUCCUUGAAAUUCUAAAGGACGAGCUUUUUUGAGGAAAUGUACAUAGGCGAAGAUGCCACCACAACUUUAAUAUUCACCGGAGAUAUGGUCAUGUUUAUGGAUGUAUGAUAGCGAAGAUUUUGUUAUUAUACGAUUGGAGAUAGUAUACUACAACCUAAUGAGUCUCCAUUACACGAUUGACGGUUGUGAUAUGUGAUGCGUAAAG